AUGACUGCUCUUCAUGAAAUUCUUAAAAAAAUCAUACUUGAUUCUCUAAGAACAGUUCAACCACCAAAUGGUUGGAAGGUGAUGGUGGUAGAUGCUCCCUCUUUAAAGAUUAUAGAAUCAGCUUGUAAAAUGUAUGACAUUCUUGAAGAAAAAGUUACUUUGGUGGAAAGUAUUGAAAAAACUCGUCAACCUUAUCCACAACUUGAAGCAAUUUAUUUGUUAUCACCAACCAAUGAAUCUAUCGUUGGAGUGAUCAAUGAUUUUAAUAAAAGCCCACCAUUAUAUUCAGCAGCGAAUCUAUUUUUCACAUCAGCAUCAAGUUAUAUUAAAAGCUAUGCUGAAUUAUUUAUUGAUUUUAUGGCAAGAGAGGCACAAGUCUAUUCUUUUGAUGAUCCAUUAAGCUUUUACAGACUAUAUUCGCCUGUAGAAAAUUCAAGUUAUGAAAACGAAUUGAGAAAAAUAGCAAAAAAUCUUUUAUCAAUUUGUGUUUCAUUGGGUGAAAAUCCAUUGAUCAGAUAUCAGAAACAAUCUGAUAUUGAUUAUCCAACAAAAUCUUUAUCUUAUAAAUUAGCUGUGUUAUUGCAAGCUGAAUUAGAUCAAUAUGCUAAAUCUAAUCCGAAUUUCCCUCCAAAAGAUAACACACGUCCACAAGCAGUUUUUUUUGUUUUUGAUAGAACAAUUGAUUUGUAUACACCUAUUCUUCAUGAGUUUACCUAUCAGGCAAUGGCAAAUGAUCUUUUGGAAAUUGAAAAUGGUCAAAAAUAUUCUUAUAAUUAUGUGGGCGAAGAUGGUAAUACUGCAAAUAAAGAUGUUGUUCUGGAUGAAAAUGAUAAUUUAUGGGUAGAAAUUCGUCACAAGCAUAUGAAGGAUUGUAUUGAAAAACUAAUGAAAGAUUUUAAUGAGUUUUUGGGUGAAAAUGCUGGUUUCACUGAUGCCAAGUAUUUUUCUGUGCAUUUAAACAUUGCACAAGAAUGUAUGAGUUUAUUUGAAAAAGAAAAACUUGAAGAUGUUUCAUCAAUUGAACAAGAUUGUGCUACAGGGUUUUCACAUGAAGGAUUACAUCCAAAAACAUUAAUUGAAGAUAUGGCACCACUAUUAGAUAGUCCAGUUAUCAGUUCUACUAAUAAAGUUAGGAUUCUUAUGCUUUAUAUGAUGUAUAAGAAUGGUGUAUUAGAAGAAGAUAGAAUAAAAUUAUUAGCAUAUGCAAGGAUAUCUUUGGAAGAAAAUGAAGCCAUCAAUAACCUUGUAUUCUUUGGUGUGAAAUUACUCAGGCCACCAGUUGGAAAAAUUCCUAAAAAAAUUAAAAAAUAUCGUCAAAAACCAGGAGAUGAUGUUCGAUAUCAAAUUUCUCGCUAUGUUCCAAAACUUAAACUUGUUUUAGAGAGUCACAUUAACAAUACAUUAGAUACUAAUUCAUAUCCUUACACGAGAGAUCCCGGAGUUGCUGACAGAUCUAAAGGACAACAACAAGCUCCAGUUUCUUUAAGAAGUGAAAAUCGCAAACCUAGAAUAAUAGCAUUUGUAGCAGGUGGUUUAACUUAUUCUGAAAUUCGUAGUGCAUAUGAAUUGACAGAAAGCCAUAAUAAAGAUGUAAUUAUUGGAUCAACUCAUGCGAUCACACCAAGAAAUUUUAUUGAAGAUUUAAAACUUCUCCCACCAGCAUAUGGUGGUGGUUUCAUUUCACAGCCACAACUACAACAACCACAAAUACCUCCAAAACCUUUCUCUAGCCCCGGACACAUUCAUAAUCCGCCACCACCUGAUAAUAGUAAUCCAGCUUCUAAAGGAAAGCUUUUUUACAAGUUUUAG